AUGGUCCAUUUACUUUCCGGAGAAAUAGACGUUCUACUUCUGCUUGUUUCUGCUCAAAUCCACAUUUCAAAUUGCAAGAUGUUUGAAAGUCUUCUGCAGUUGAAGGAAAUCCGUGAGAGGUUUGACUUUUGGAUUCGUGAUUCACAUUGCUUGAAUCCAGUUAAUAAGUCGGUUUUCUACUUUUUCAGAUCAAAUGAAAAACUUCCUCGCAACCGUCUUAUAAAUUGGUUGAUACAAUUUUACAACUUGCUUAUGGCUAAAUUUUCGUUGUACUUCACCAAUGUUCUUGCCAAUUUUUGCAGUAUAGACGAUAUAAAGACGGUUCACACUAUCGAUAACGGGUUUAAUUUUAUCUCAAACGCAACGCAGUUUGUGAAGAAAACGGAUGCUGUAUGUUUGGCCAUCGUUAUGGAUAGAGAGAAGUGCUCUGAAAACUUCUAUGGAUUCGGCUAUCAUCGCCUGAAAGAUCGUUUCACACCUGGUCCUCCGACAGAACCGCGAAAGGGAGUCGCAGCCUUAUGUCCGGCUGUAUUUCGGUUGCCUUCCCCUGCGGAGGGGCACAAAUCGGCGCAAUCGCAUAACAAUGUUUUUGAGAAAUAUCAGGGAGAUAUCUACGGGUUUAUUGAAUCGAAUCUACGGCAUCCAGCGAAAAACAGAUAUUUCUACGAUUCUGAGAAAGACCACUGCAUGUUUGGUGACAUAGUGGAGGCUGAACUAUAUAUUGUAAUCGUUUAUGCUGGUCGAGUUUGCGAGAAGGAUGCCGCUGUGCUAGCGUUCAUUCAACAAAUGACGACAUCCCUGAGAGGAUCGCGUUUAUUUUUAUCGUUGAAGAAUGCAGCAAAAUAG